CCCGAAUUUUAUCGGCUCCCAGCAAGUACAGCAGCCGAGCAGCGCCCCCGGCCCUCGGCCGCCUAUAAAAUCCCGGGGCCGGACUCCGAGCUCACAGACUCGGACGACACAGCUGGACACACACUGGGCAACCCAGCGCGGCCAACAACACCUAUAGAAAUAUCCAAGCUACCACCACAGAGCGAGCACAAAGGUCUCUAGCUAGCAACCAUAUUGAAAGGCGAUUGAUCGGAGUGAGCAUUAGUCUACUACGCACAGGAUCUUCUUGCUGUUUCUGCGGCUUUAGAGUGUGAUCUCUUGUUGGGUCUGUUGGGUAGCUGGAAGAUGGGCUGCGAGGAGGAUGAGAGGCUGCUGUUCCCGUCCUUCGCCUUCCCGGCGGAGAGCUUCGCGGAGGCCGCCACCCCCGGCUCCGGUGGUGAGCAGAAGAAGGCGCGGCAGCGGCGGAGGCGGAAGCCGCGGCCGGUGGGGGAGGGAGAGGGCGGGGACGAGCAGGCCAAGAAGCGGCGGCUGAGCGACGAGCAGGCGCGGCAGCUGGAGAUCAACUUCCGGAAGGAGCGGAAGCUAGAGACGCCCCGCAAGGUGCAGCUGGCCGCCGAGCUCGGCCUCGACGCCAAGCAGGUGGCCGUCUGGUUCCAGAACCGCCGCGCCCGCCACAAGAGCAAGCUCAUGGAGGAGGAGUUCUCCAAACUCCGCGCCGCCCACGACGCCGUCGUCCUCCAGAACUGCCACCUCGAGACCGAGCUGCUGAAGAUGAAGGACAGGCUAGCGGAGUCGGAGGAGGAGAAGCGGAAGCUCAUCGCGGCGGCCGCGGCGGCGGCGGCGGCGGCAGCUGGCGGCGCGGGCGCGGGCAGCAGCAGCCCGAGCUCGUCGUCGUUCUCGACGGUGACGCACCACCCGGCGGCGCUGGUGGGGCAGUUCGGGGUGGAGGCGGAGGAGGCCGCCGACCUCACCUACAUGAGCGAGUACGCGUACAACAGCUACAUGAACAUGAUGGACCUCGCGCCCAACUACUUCGGCAGCAGCGUCUACGAUCAGUUCAACUGAGCGUGCAGGAGGUCAGGAAGGGAUUAACUGGAGCUCAGGCAAUCGGCUAGCUAUUUUCGUGUUGAUGAAUCGAUCGAUUUGCAGGGCUCGUAGCAGCAGUAGUAGCAACCAAGUCAGUAGUAGUCGCUGGUAUAAUUAGUAGUAUGUUCUAUCGUCCUGACGAGAAUUAAGUAUAUUCAGUAACUUUGUUGAGCCAUGUAGGUAAGGUUAGUAACUGGCAAUCUAUGUGAAUUUGUGGAUUAUCAUGCAAGUGCUUAUCAUGGACUAGUGAUCUCUGUGAUGUAAUAUUGGGGGUAAUCGCAAUCAGAAGAUGCUUUGUACA